UGUCCUGACAAGAGUGAGACAUAUCCGCGAAAAUAUGGAGAGCGAGAACAAGAGGAAUCUGAAAGAGCGCUGUGCCCUGAGGCACAGCAUCACUAAAGAAUUUUUGGCAGAAUUUCUGGGGACAUUCGUUUUAAUUCUAUUCGGGUGCGGGUCCGUUGCCCAGACGGUGCUGAGCCGUGGCACUCAGGGAGAGACUCUGACCAUCCACAUCGGCUUCACCCUGGGAGUGAUGAUGGCCGUCUACAUAGCAGGGGGAGUGUCAGGAGCCCAUGUAAACCCCGCUGUGUCCCUGGCCAUGGUCGUCUUGGGCAGGCUGAAGGUGGCCAAGUUCCCCGUCUACGUAGGUGCACAGUUCCUUGGUGCCUUUGCUGGAGCUGCAGCGGUCUUUGGGUUGUACUACGAUGCCUUCAUGGACUAUACAGGUGGAGUACUGUCAGUGACCGGCAGCAACGCCACAGCUCAGAUCUUUGCCUCUUAUCCAGCCAAACACCUCUCAGUCCUGAAUGGAUUCAUAGACCAGGUGAUUGCAACGGGCUCACUGGUCAUGUGCAUCCUAGCCAUCCUUGACGGGAAGAAUAUUGGGGCGCCCCGAGGGAUGGAGCCCCUGGUUAUUGGUCUGAUCAUCUUGGCGAUCGGGGUAUCCAUGGGGUUAAACUGCGGGUAUCCCAUCAACCCCGCCAGGGACCUGGGCCCCAGAAUCUUCACUGCAGUGGCUGGCUGGGGCAGGGAGGUGUUCAGUGCUGGGGGCUACUGGUGGUGGAUCCCCAUAGUCGGGCCGAUGGUGGGGGGCAUUGUGGGGGCGGUGGUGUACCUCCUCUUCAUCGAGCUCCACCACACUGAGCCUGAGAAGCACCAGGAGGAGGAGAACAACGUCAAGGACAAAUACGAGAUGAUCACCAUGAGCUAAAGGGGAAGGAAGGGGAAGGGGGGUGCGGAUGUCUCUCUCACAUCCUGCAGGACCACAACAAACUGUUUCAAGUCCCCCCCCCCGCCACCCCCACUCCCUCUAUCUCACUCACCUGAGAACCAGCCUCUUCCUCAGCGCACUGCCAAUCAAAAACCUUCAGAGGCUGAGCACUUCCAGGGCUCACAGACCACUAUCCCCUCCCUCUGGGCAUACUCUCUCACCCACACGGCACAUUUACUAUGCAGAGUUUUUAACACGUCACUCAAAGACAAGGAAAUGAGCCAUUGUGACUAGCUCUUAGUCUUCCCUAAACGAUCACAGUGUGUUCCAUCUUAAUUUUAAGCCAAGCGUUAGUCUUUCCUUAUGGAAGACAGGUGCAGCUCUGAGACUGAGCAUGGUGCUAAUGGAGGUGGCAGAUAGGAGAAGGCUCUGCCCACUCUAAGCUCCUCCCAUCCUCUUAACCAGCUGACAUCACUGCCACUGCCUUUGUACCUAGGUUCUUUGUAUACGGAACAUUCCUCAAAAGAAAAAAAAAAAGAAAUUUCCACAAAGACGUUUUGUGAUGAAAGAAGACAUAUUUAGACUGACUGGAAUUUCACAGCAUGUCAUCUGUCUGCAGACUACUCUCCAUACCCCACAAGCCACAUUUUACUAAUUGGGGAACACUUCUUCAUGUAACCAGUGAGCUAAUAAUCAGAACUGCAAGUACAGAUGAAUCUUUGUACUGUGUGUGCAUUUUGAUAUUGCCAUAGUUAAUUUUUCCAAGAGAAAUCAGCAUGUGUCUUUGAACAUCCUCUUCACCUCCCACUCUGAGUGUAGAGCCACGAUUAGUUAGUACAACAUCAUCAUUUAUUAAUUUUUAGGACGUUUCUUCUGUGGAAGUGGAAGACAUUCAGGCUGUCUUGGAAUAUGCAAUGCAUGCUAAUGUCAUUUUUACAAGAGUUUAUGCAAAACAGCAAGCAGUUUCCCAAAACAUCACCAAUGAAAACAAAACAAAAAAAAAAUAAGAGGACUCAGAUGAAUAAGAAUGAUGGCUACUAAGAGUUCACCAUGAGACGGUUUACCUCAUUACCCUCUACCCCACCAGAGGUUUUGUCAUAGGCCACUGUGUUUUCUGUCUACUUUCUACGUUCUUCAACUCUAUUUGUAAAUGAAGAGGCUGCUUUUGGAGGUGGUACAGUAUAUGUUUCUGUAUACACUGGUAGUGGAGGGCACAGGCACACAGAAUGCGCAGUGCUUGGCAUUCCCCUGAGCACUGAAGCUUGGCGUCGUAGUGCCAGUCCUGUGACACAGUUUGCCUGGCACGCUGGACUAGAACAUCAGAAUUAGCUCUGCUCUGUCACAGUGCCCGGUCCCUGGGAAUUCACUGAUGGUCACACUCACUGAGGGAAUUUGCAUGUCAUCCAGGUUUUAAUUACUGCACUUAAUUGAACCCAAUUAACCAGCGGCGAAGUAGCUCAGUGGUAAAUUAGUGAAGCUGAAGAGGAGUAGAAUGGCUAGCAGGGCUGCUUGUGACCCAAGCGUGGUGUCCCACGUACGGCAGUCCAGCCAGGCCUCGGCUUAUCAGAAUUUAACCAGCUCUAAAAUGUAAUACCCGUUUUCAGCUGGCUUGCCAUUG